GCCGGUGGCUGCCCAGCACAUCAGGGGCAACGACCUCCCGGGCACGGUCGCACUGGACCAGGGAGUUGAGCUGCUGGAUCCAGUCCAGGUUUUCAACUUGAUGCAAACCAAGCAGUGCAUCCUGAUCGAUGUGCGAGACAAGGAUCGGGACGUGGGAGUGAUCGAGGGCGCCGCACACGAACCAACGAGCUUCGAGCGCCCACUGUUUGUGCGGGUUCCGGAGCUGGUCAAGAAGUACAGCGGCAAGCCACUGAUAAUUUUCCAUUGUCAAUAUUCCUGCCACAGAGCUCGCCAGAGCGCGAACUGGUACUGCAAGCAGGCCGAUCUCAAGCAGAGAGUGGCUGUACUCGACGGCGGAUUCAGGGGCUGGCAGAAACUCAACUUGCCCGUGCGGUGCCCGACUCUUUCUGGGACGGGUUCUGAUCAGACGUAUGCUUGCUUCAUGGCUGCAGAAUUCCUCUGCAAGAAGCCUGUGAAUUCUCAAAAGCAGGCUUGA